GCUUGCCCGGUCUUCAGGGACCUUUUCUAGCAGUAAAUCCAAGGAUAGGACUGUUAGGAAAAGACACAACCUCUCAUUUAAGAUCAUUCGUUAGGUUGCACUGCGCAAAUCCUACCUGUUAUCUACAGAAAUUGUGAGACAGGCACAGAUCGCCCAGGGCGUCGACUGGCCAACCAGCAGAGCAUCCAUUCAUCCUUUCAUUGGCAGCUGAGGUGCUGAGGACUAGCUAGCUAGCGUUAGCCAAGAGGCAGGGGACAGAGGGAUCUUUAAAAUGUCGGGUUACCAAGGAAAGAAGAACAUCCCACGAAUUACAAGUGACCGUCUCCUCAUCAAAGGAGCAAAGAUAGUGAACGAUGACCAGUCAUUCUUGGCUGAUAUCUACAUGGAGGAUGGAGUCAUCAAGCAAAUCGGCGACAACCUCAUUGUUCCCGGGGGAGUUAAGAUCAUAGAGGCUCAUGGGAGGAUGGUGAUGCCUGGUGGUAUUGAUGUGCACACCCGAUUCCAGAUGCCUGACCGAGGCAUGGUGGCAGCAGAUGACUUCUACCAGGGCACCAAGGCCGCUCUGGCUGGGGGGACGACUAUGAUCAUCGACCACGUGGUGCCGGAGCCUGGCGUCAGCCUGGUUGCAGCUUUUAAACAGUGGAGGGAAUGGGCCGAUAGCAAGUCCUGCUGCGACUACUCUCUGCACGUGGACAUCACCGAAUGGAGCAAAGGCGCCCAAGAGGAGAUGGAGACUCUAGUGAAGGAUCACGGUGUCAACUCUUUCCUGGUCUAUUUGGCUUAUAAGGAUGUUUUCCAACUUUCUGAUUCUGAGAUCUAUGAGGUGUUCAGUGUCAUCAGAGACCUUGGAGCCAUUGCACAGGUGCAUGCUGAGAACGGAGACAUCAUUGCAGAGGAGCAGAAACGUAUUCUGGAGCUGGGGAUCUCUGGACCUGAAGGCCACGUGCUGAGCCGCCCAGAGGAGGUGGAGGCCGAGGCAGUCAACCGCUCUGUCACCAUAGCCAAUCAGACCAACUGUCCCCUCUACAUCACCAAGGUGAUGAGCAAGAGUGCCGCUGAUGUCAUUGCUCUCGCCAGGAAAAAGGGUGCCGUGGUUUACGGAGAGCCCAUAUCUGCCAGUUUGGGCACAGACGGUACCCAUUACUGGAGCAAGAACUGGGCCAAGGCAGCUGCCUAUGUCACUUCCCCACCGCUCAGUCCUGAUCCCACCACCCCCGACUACCUCAACUCCCUGUUGUCAUGUGGGGACUUGCAGGUGACUGGUAGUGCUCACUGCACUUUCCAGACUUCUCAGCGCGCCAUAGGCAAAGAUAACUUCACCCUAAUCCCAGAGGGCACCAACGGCACUGAGGAGAGGAUGUCCAUAAUCUGGGACAAAUGCGUUGUGACUGGCAAAAUGGAUGAGAACCAGUUUGUGGCGGUGACCAGCACAAACGCUGCCAAGAUCUUCAACCUGUUUCCCCGCAAGGGCCGCAUUGCUGUGGGGUCUGAUGCUGACCUCGUGUUGUGGGACCCGGAUGUCACCAAGAUCAUCUCAGCUAAGAACCACAACCUGUCUGUGGAGUAUAACAUCUUUGAGGGCACCGAGGUGCGCGGAGGUCCCGUGGUGGUGAUCAGCCAGGGCAAGAUUGUGUUGGAGGAUGGCAGCCUUCACCCCACAGAGGGCUGCGGGCGCUACAUCAGCCGCAAACCCUUCUCUGACCACGUUUACAAAAGGAUAAAGGCUCGCAGCAGGCUCACAGAGUUGCGAGGAGUCCCCAGGGGCCAGUAUGACGGGCCGGUGUGUGAGGUGACUGUGACUCCAAAGGUGAUCUCCACAGUCUCCUCGAUGAAGACUUCUCCUGCCAAGCAGCAGCCGCAGCAGAUCACUCACCAGCCGGUGCGCAACCUUCACCAGUCUGGCUUCAGUCUGUCUGGUGCGCAAAUUGAUGACAAUGUUCCCCGUCGCAACACUCAACGCAUCGUAGCUCCCCCCGGUGGAAAGGCCAACAUCACCAGCCUCGGCUAAAGCUCUUUCUCUCACUGAGCCGAGGGAUGCAGGGCAACACGGGGCCAGAGGCCACUCUUACCGCUGUCACAUCACAUCUGGUCACCUCUGACUCCCCUGCACCCACAACCACUCCAUCCAUUCUUAUUCACACACUACCACUCUGUCACCUCAUGCAAAAAAAAGAAGAAAGAAAGCACUCAUUUUGUUUCAUCUUUCCUGCCAUAAUCCAUCGUCAAGGAAGGAUCAAGUGAAUUGAAGCCCAAUUAAGCCCAGUUUGAUUAUUGAUGAAAAUAAUUUGUUUACAUUUUUGUAUCAUUUAUGCUGUACGUGUUGAUGUUGUUUAGUUGUCCCCGUUGGCACAGAGAGUUGACAGAAAACGAGUCCCAAGAAACGGACGGUUUCAUAAGCGGGUAUUUUAGAAACUGCGGGUGUUCACAGAUUUUCUUAAAGCAUUUCCCAGAGAGAAGUCAGAAUGUGCUUUAGCUCUCCUCCAACAUUCAUGUUGUAACACUGUUAGGCUGCAAAAUCACUGUUUUGGUACCAAAAUGUUAAAUUAUUGCCACAAAACUUCAAAAUACUUAUCAUUAAAAAUUAGGCUGUAAAACAUGGUUUCUGCAUCUCAUAAACGUCUAAUAUUAUCUUGUAAAACAAACAAUGCCUGAUAGCUUUUUCAACACCACGGCACGAAGGAAAAUAAGCCCUAGGUAAACAAUAUAGACCCAAUUGCAAUGUUUGUUUACUUAAGGUUAGAGGAAGAUGAAGUGGGGCUGAACAAACACGUCUCAACUUGUUUUUAGGCACCUAAAAAAUCAAUAUCAGGUUAAGUGUUUGAUAUAUUUAGAAUAUUUUCACUUAAACGUUACCGUUAUGGCUGACAAUGACAAUAUAAAUAGUUAAUGGAUUUCCCGUACCUCCAGAAUUGAAAUCGAUUGACAGUUAUCUACCCGGAAAUGACUGUUGUUUGGGCGACGUCAGGGUGAUUCGAUCUACAGGAUCAUUUUUUUCUUUAUUUUGUGUUUUUUUUAUUAAUCUGUACACAGUGCUGUUAUGGAAAAGUCACUGAGCACAUACCAACACAUUUGUAAUACUGUUAAUAGUAAUUACAGCUUGGGUUGAAAAUCUGAUUGUAGAUCUGUAUUUUUUUUAUAGCUGCGGUACUUUCGAUACAAUCGAAUGUAUAAUUAACGGGGAUCGUAUCCUUAUAAACACGUGGUUUCUAAAAGGUAAUGAAGUAUUGAUACAAACUUACUGUGUUCGGUGUAACAAUUUACCCUGUCUUUCUUUUGUGUCCUAGUUGCACUUUCUUUAUUUUUUAAAAAUUGUAUGUUUUUUUAAUGAUGUUAAGUCAUUUUUGGAAUACACUGUCUGCACUGAAAGGAAAAGAAGGGUUUUUUUUAGGGUUAAACUACUCAUUCAACUCCGCCCUUAAUAUUAGUGUGGAGAAUUGGCUGGCACAUCGCAUCUCAUCUGACAAACAUAAACCUUUCCUCUCAUUUCAUCAUUUUGUUUUUUCCUCAUGUCUGUUAAAAGGUUGUCAGGGCAACAAGCUUCCAAUAAUCAGACCAGUGUACAUUGUAAAAGAUCCAGACAGACACUAUGAAGAAGCUAGAUGGGAUGUUUGCCGACAGCCCCUCUGCACCUGGUGCUAUACGACCAUCGCUGUAUAUGUGCAGAUGAUGUCCACACCCACAUAGCAGUCACCAUUUAUUUGUUUUGCACCUGUAACAAUCCAAAUGGUAAAAAAAAAUUGUAUGUGAGCUUGCAACUUUUUAUUUGUAUUGGAUAUGUCUGUAUGUUUUAGGAAUCCAACUACUUGCCUGCCUGUUCUGUAAGAUAUUGAUAGCACACUGUAUCCAUGAAGGCUCUUGAAAGAAGUGGAACCGUGAUCUUUGAGACCUGAUGAAAAACGCUUCAGUCUGUAUAGGAAACCCCCUCACAGUGUGCUGAUGAUGUGUCCGCUGUUCUCGGUGUUAGUGUCGUGAAUGAAUUAUCAGAUAUCCAGUUUUUUUCCCUCUCUUACCCCUCCUCGACCUGCACAACCCUGUCGACACCAGAUCCACUGGUAACUGUACUCACCGCACCACCACGGGUCGUCAGUCACACAGCACUGUGCGGCCAUACUGUAAAACACUGGAUUAUUUCUUCCUCAUUGCCUUGUCAAGUGUAGGUUUUGUAUGCCAAGCUAUAAUGUGAAGUGAUUUACAUUUGGGGAAGUGUCUCGGUAAUGGUUAUUGAGUUGUGAUGUUGAGCACUGUUGUUGCCCCUCUCCCAGCAAGUGUGAUACUCUCUCGGUCAUGUAUGUUUUGUAGGAUACCAGGGUUUUUGGGGGGGAAAUCAUCGGUCUUGUCAGCAUUUGACCCUAUCUGUGUUGACU